AUGGAGGAGCAUGAUACUAGCAGCAGCGACCCGCUCAAGCAAAGCUUACCUCCAGAAACUCUCGAUCCUUCAGACGUCAUUCGGCUUCGGCAAGAGGCAGAAAACGUCGAUAACACGAUUCGCGCCCUUCAAACGCAGCUGCUCCAGCUCGAGGCGCGUCGUAGCGCCAUACAAGACAGGCUUUCGGCCGUCAUUUACCCCGUCAACACACUUCCCGCAGAAGUUCUUUGCCACACCUUCCAGGCAUUGGUGGCUUCAUCUAUCCCGAUUGAAGUCAACUCUGCGCUCCUCAGCAUCACUGCAGUCUGUCAGCGGUGGCGCAGCGUUGCCAUUGCGGACCCGCACCUUUGGACGACACUGUGCUAUAUCUUGCGAGCUCCGAUUCGUGACUACCGCGACCCGCUGUUCUACUGUUUCCUGGAGCGCACCCAAGGGCUCCCAAUCGUGGUCCACAUUGACGAACGCGGGACCUCACAAUGCUCACUUCCCUCAGUCUUGUUUGACUCCUCCCACCAAUGGACAGAAGCCUACCUAACUGAUGCGGAUGCGGAAUCGGAUGGCACCACCUUCCGUACUUUCAGGCUUGGCUCUCUGGAUACGGUGCUGAAUCUUCCGUAUCUUACCACCCUCACGCUUAAUGUCGAUAUGUCCGCUGGGCAUGACCACUCCCGGACAUUCGGGAAUGCCCCUCAUCUCCGAGAGCUCACUAUCAGCCACCUCCCCCUCGUCAGCCUCCUCGGGUUUCCGGUACACCAGCUGCGUAAGCUCACUCUGCUACGUAGCACAUCAUCCGGUGACACUCUCUAUUUGCUUCCACGUCUCGUAGCCCUGGAGGAACUCACCCUCGACUCGCUUUUCCACAACCAACGUGGCGAUCAACAGCCAAUCGAGCUUCCAUUGCUGACGACAUUAUCUCUCCUCGGGGAUGAAAGCUGCGGGAUAACGCGCUUCUUGAUCUUACCACGUCUCACAACCCUCCGUCUCUCUACCUUCGACGAAUACGAUGGAAAUAUCUUGGUUCCAGACUGCCUCCGACGCUCCUCCGCCAACUUGGCCUCCUUGUCUCUUAAGCAUGCGUAUUACACAGACUUCGCCAUACUCUUGCAGUCCCCCAUAGUCAGCACCGCGCUUAAGAGUCUCACUGUCACCUCAUUGAAGGCGACCCACCGCGAGGCCAUGGCCCUCGCCACACUCCUUUCCCGCGCCGACUUCCUCCCGAGCCUCGAAAAACUCACAUUUGUCGCCUCGGGGUCGCCCCCAUAUCUGCUUCUCUCGUUCUUGCGCGGUCUGCAUCGGCGCGUUGCCCACUGGCAAUCACUUUCCGGCAGUGCUCAACACGCAACGAACUUGAAACUGCGAAGCUUUCGGGUCCAGCUUCCGGAGGGAGUGUCCAUGGAGGACAUGCGCCAAUUGCACAGGCUCCAGCAGACCCUGCACUCUUACCAGUCCGCCAGAGGAAGUACUGUAACGGACCGAUUACCUCAGCACUUCGACCACAAAUAUAUGUAG